CGCACAGCCAAACCAACAGCUGGCGGUGACGCAAAGUCGUCACAGCACCCCCACCACAGCACCACCUCAACUCCUCCUUGUCCUCCUUUGUUUUGCGAGAGGACACAGUGAAGGAGAGAAGAAUGGGGCGGCCGCUGCUGUGGUCGGCGAUCUACCUCUUCGCUUUCGCCUUUGCCACCGUCAUUGCCUGCAGCGAAACAGCACAAGCGGCAGCCGAUGAGAAGCUGCCUCUGUGUGGGCACGUGGACACGACGCUGGCGCAGCUCGAAACGACCUUGACGCGCCAUGGCGUGCCAUUCACCACGUCCACGCAGCAGCAGCAGCAGCAGCCACGGACAGCAGACAGCAAUGCCACGGCGCGCUCCGUGCACGCAAAUCGUCCAGCAGUCUUAAUUGACCUGUCAUCCAUCCAGGACAUGAUGCGCGCGUUUGGGUGUCCAGCAACCGCAACACGCAACGCCGUGACGCACACCACCGUGACGCACACCACCAAGGAGCACACCACCAAGGAGCAGACAACCCGUAAUCCAACACCGUCGCCCAACGCCACAGCCGAAUCUGAGACCAUAAUCAAUCCACAGCUGGCACAUGCACAGGAACACCAGCAACGCCGCGAGCUCUUGCGGCUGCAGACUCGUAGUCGUGAGCGACGUGCGAGCACACCGUCACAAUCAGGAGCGUGCACACUGGCCAGCAUCCUCAGCGACACGUGUGCCGCUGGUACCGAUAACAUCACCCUGACCAUCACGUUUGAUGGCAGCGAGCAGAUCAACGGCACCAUCGACAACUUCCCGCUGCUCAGGAUCUCCGCCAACAUCGCCACGCUCAUCCUCAGGGGCACGGUGCACGAGCCGCAGCUGCAGUGGGUGCUGGACAACGGCAACUGGGACGCAUGUUUCUUCUUCAUCUUGGAGGGCCUGCAGUUUGACACCUUCCGCCUGAGUACGCUGCAUCGGUUCCUGAGCCUGCGGGGUGUCCGCCUCCAACGCACCGCCAUGCUCCAGGCCGUGGACACGCACAACUUCCCGCAGGCGGGGCAGAUCCGCCGGCUUGACAUCCAUAACACCUCCCUGGCCACCAUCCCAUCCCUCGCCAACUUCACGUCCCUGCAGGUCCUGGACAUGUACGACAACCGCAUUCGACACGUGAGCAAGGAUGCCUUUGCCGGCCUGACGGCCCUCAGCAACCUGUUUAUGGACGGUAACCUCAUAUCCCGCAUCGAUCGCGGUGCAUUUGCGGAAGCAACAGCGCUGACGGAGCUGGUGCUGAGUGACAACGACAUCACGGCCGUCCCCGAAGGCCUGCUGCAUCCCCUCAUGCGGCUCACCGUGCUCAAGCUCCAGCACAAUCCAAUGCGCGAGCUGGACCCGGACGUGUUUGGCAGCCUCACAUCCAUCCGUCUCCUUGUCCUCAGCAGCACCCUCAUCACCAGCCUGCCCACCGGCAUCUUCGCUGCCGCCACCCGCCUCACCGACCUCGACCUUGCACACAACCUGCUCACGUCCCUGCCCGAGACCAUCUUCUCUGGCCUGUCGCUGCUGGACGAGGUGCAGCUGUUCAGCAAUCGCCUGACAUCCCUGCCACCACAGCUGUUCAGGGAGCAGACGGCCCUCACACGCCUCUCGCUCGACCACAACCGAAUCAAGUACCUGCCCCCCUCGCUCUUCGACACGUGCAGCGAGCUCCGCUUCGUUAUCUGCAGCAACAACGGGCUGCAGACCAUCCCGCCCCGCCUGUUCCCCAACAGCCCGCACAUGGUGCGCAUUAACUUCGCCAACAACGCGCUGCGCGCUGUGGACGGCCUCUUUGACGGCUCGGCGCUGUCCGCGCUGGUUGCGCUCGACCUGGAGGGAAACCGGUUGACACAGCUGCACAUUCCCACCCCGCUCCCGUCACUGCGCAGCCUCAUCCUCAGCCGCAACCCGGUACAGCACGUCCCAAACACGAAGAUGGUGCCGGAGCUUGGGGAGCUGCGCAUGCAGGGCCACCACAUCAAGCGCCUGGACCUCACCCCGCUGCUGAGCCUGCAGCGCAUUGGCACGCUGGAUGUGAGCGCCGCUGGUCACGUCCACAGCACUGCCAUGCUGGACGCUGCUGCCGUGAGUGUGUCCCCGGCCCUCCACGCCCUGAGCGCCACCAACGUGGACCUGAGCAGCGUGCUCGGUGUGCUGCAACAGCUGCCGUCGCUUCAGCUGCACGAGCUCGGCGUUGGCUGGCCCGGCGCCGACGAGACCACGCUGCCAGUCUCGCUGCUGUGCCACGUGCUGGCAGACGACGUGGAUGUGCUGCGGCUCCCGCGUGUCAACCACGCAUCCAUUGAGCUGUGCUCCGACAAGCGGUUUGACACCGUUCAGCUGCAGGGCAACGGGCACCUGCGCUCCGUCAACAUCCCCACGACACUCAAGGAGCUCAAUGUGUCCGAUUGCACGCAGCUCACGUCCAUCACGGUGCCGUUUGUCGACAUCCUGGACAUCAGCAACACGCGCGUGCAACUGAAUGCGGCGCUGUGCACGCGCUGGGGACGGCGCAUCCUGUUUGCCCGCAACCUGGACCCGGUGUUUGUUGACUUGCAGUACGCCCUGUCUGCUAUGGGCACGUGCCUGGACAACGUCGACAUCCUCGACCUCUCCGGCAAUGCGUGGCUCGACAGCCCACAGGAGGUGAACCGGGUGGUGAGCAACGACAUUGCGCUGUCGGACCUGCUGUUCAUCACGGCCAACUUCUUCACCAUCCGCUCGCGGCCGACCCCGCCCAUCCUGCAGCUGCAGUCGUCGCCCGUCGACUGCGCCAUUGCUGUCUCCAACCAAGAGCUGCGGCGCCGUACAGACACCGCCAUUGUGUCAAACGAGAUUGUCUACUCCUUCCACUGCACGUGUGCGCGCGGAUACAAGAUGACAUCGGGUGGGCGGUGCGUGGUGGACAACCCAGAUGUUGCGGGCAUCGCUGCUGGUUCUGUCAUUGGCGGCCUUGCCCUUGGCUUGCUCAUGGCGUGGUUGUCACGCCGCUACCGUGGCCUGACCAAGCGCAUCGACCUGCAGGAGCAGCUGCUAGUGGAACGAGAUGAAGAGGUGAUGGCGCUGAAGAAGGCGUGGGAGAUUGAGUACGAUGAGCUGAGACUGGUUGAGCGUGUGGCUGCGGGUGCGUUUGGCGUGGUGUUCAAGGCGGAGUGGGACACAGUCACAGUGGCGGUGAAGGUGUUGCAGCAAGCCGUCAUGGCAUUUGACGAGAGCACGGUGCUUGAGUUUGAGAAGGAGGUGGAGUUUCUGCAGCGGACACGGCACCCGCACGUGGUGCGGUUCUUUGGCGCGGGCACAGAUCCCAACGGCAGCCCGUUCCUGGUGCUGGAGUUUGUUGCUCUGGGGUCACUCAAGGACCUGUUGGGGAAGGACUUGGAGGGGGUGCUGAGGGAGAUGGAACAACAUGCUGGUGAUGACAAUCAUGAUGUGGUUCUCAGAGCCAGCAGGGAUGGUGCUGAUUGGGUGUGGGCGCUGAAGACACGUUUGCUCCGCGACAUUGCCAGUGGCAUGGCCUUUAUCCACAGCCUGGAUCAAGUACACAGAGACCUGAAGAGUGGCAAUGUGCUGGUAAACUCAAAGCUGCGCGCCAAGAUUACCGACUUUGGGUCCAUUCGCCAAUGCCUGACGCGUGGCCGCGGUGGAAGUGUGCAUGCAGGCAACGAAGCACAGCGAGCUGGUCUCCUUUCCAGCUCAGACGAAGCUGGUGAUCUGCAGUACUCGCGCCAGGCCGGGCUGACCACGCAGAUGAACCUGACGAUGACGGCUGGCGUGGGCACGCCGCUGUACAUGGCACCCGAGGCGAUUGUUGGUGACAAGUACAACGCCAAAGCAGACGUGUUCAGCUUUGGCGUGCUGAUGUGGGAGGUGGCGACCCAACGUGUGCCUGACUUGAUUGAGCAGGAGAAAGGCAGUGACUUCAGAGGACCCCUGCUCCCCGCACUCGCAGAGCUGCUGCUUGAAGGCAAACGCCUUCGGUUCGAAGAUCACGAUGGUGUGCCGGAGUGGUUCCAGACGCUCACCAGCAAGUGUGUCCACGAAGAUCCACAGCGACGGCCGACAUUUGCCGAGCUGGAGGCACAUCACCUGAAUGCCUGA